AUGCCAAGUGGAGCAAGCCCCGUGCUGCACCCUAGCACCCCAUUCGGUAAUCCUCCUGCGCUUCAGACCACGGUCGAAGCGGAGCUUCUAGCUCAAAUGACCUCCCUUCGGAGGGAGAUGGCUAAACUCCAAGAACGAAACACAAAACAUUCAGGCCACCGAAUCCUCCCAGAGUCAGCAAACCCCCGGUCGGCAGAGGAAGGGAAAGCAGGGGGGAAAGGCAACGCCUGCGCCCUCCAAACAGCUGGUAGUUCCGGCUCCCCAGGCCAACCUCACAUACCGAAGAAGGUGUACACCGAUUGUCGUCAUCGGAUCAACGACAAGAAGGAUGCCGAACGGCAUAGGUCCCCAAUCGGAGUAAACGCCAGCUUGAGGGACUCCCGGAUGAGGGUCCUGGGGGAUAAAUCGCCCCUUCGGAGGGUUCAGGGUUUGGAUUCAGCGCUGGAGUCCGAUGAUGAGUACAUACCCACCGGGGGCACCAAAUCAAGCUACCGUUCGGAAGCUCCCCCGGAGUACUCAAAGGCAAGACCACCAAGUCCGAGAAGAAUUUUCGAAGACUUUGAUUCCGAGGGCGUCCCAAGCCGAGACCCAGCCAUCCGCCUACUCUUCCAAAGAAUCCAGAAGAUGGAGGAUGACCGAACCCGGUCCCAGGUCCCUGAUUGGGGAAAACUUCGGCCAGGACCAUUUAUUGAGCGCAUCAAGAAGUCCAGACCGGACAGGGAGGUGCAGCCGGUGUGGAGGACCCUUUGA